AUGUCUUACAACGAUAACCAAUACGGCGGUGGCGCUAGCAACAGCUACUACAACACCGACAACAACAAUAACAACAUCAACAACUCCUACGGUGGAUCUGGUGGCUACGGCAACUCUUCUAACGAGCGUCGCUCGAACGAAGGCUACGGUAAUCAGAACCAAGGCUACAACAACAACGGCCGUCAGGAGUCUCACGGUUACGGAAACAACAACAACUCCGGCUACGGCAACUCCAACGAGGGCCGCAACAACUCCGGUUACGGCAACUCCAACGAGAGCCACAACAAUUCCGGCUACGGCAACUCCUCCAACGAGGGUUACGGAAACCAGAACCAAGGUUACAACAACAACGGCCGUCAAGAAUCCCAGAACUACAACUCCAACCAACACUCUUCCAACCACAACAACAAUGACUUCAGCAGCGCCGCCACCCACGCCCAGGAACACGACAGCAACGAAGACAAGUCCCUCUUCAGCAGUGCGUUGAACUUCCUCCAAAACCGCAAGUCCGACGACGACAUCGACGAGAAACACGCCGCCAAUGCCCACCAGGCCAUGUACGGCUCCGGCAAUGGCUCGAACACCACUCAUGAUUCCAAGACCGUUGGUGCCGGUGCUGCCAUGCAGGCUUUGAAGAUGUUCACUGGUGGCGGUGGAAGUGGAAGUGGAAAGAGUGAUGAGGGCAUGGAUAAGAACAAGCUUAUUGGGCUUGCUAUGGCUCAGGCUGGGAAGUUGUGGGAUGAGAAGAAUGGGUCUGGGGGUAAUGUGUCUGGUGAUAAGCAGUCUGCUGUGAACUCUGCGGCGGAGGUGGCGCUUAAGAUGUACAUGAAGAGUCAGGUUAGUGGUGGUAGCAGCGGUGGUGCUAGUGGACUUAUGAGUCUUGCGAGCAAGUUCUUGUAA